AUGGCAAGCGACGUCUCUCCGGGCCGACCCGGUAAUUUGACACCAGAUGAGGAGGAAAAGCUGCGGCAGCUAUGGAGACACGUUCUCAAGCUCUGUGGCACAACUACAGAGGGAAAUGCAGUGGAGGUCACCGAUGCAGUUGUUGGAGGACCAUCGUCGGAUGCGUCUUGGGGCAAGGUGUCUGAGAAGCCCAAGAAGAAACGCAUGUCCCUCUUCAACAAGAAACAAAAAGACAAAGCCGCCGAUGGUGACUCGGUUGCCUCCCCUCAGAGCUCUUCGGCAAUCGCAACUCGUAUCAAGGAGGCUGACGGAGAAGACAAAUACGGCCAAACUCAACAAUUCCUUGAUGCCAUUGCUAACCAGACGCCCGAAACUUUACGCGCUACAAUUUGGAGCAUGGUCAAGCAUGACCAUCCGGAUGCCUUGCUCCUGCGCUUCCUAAGAGCUCGGAAAUGGGAUGUCGAAAAGGCGCUGGUCAUGAUGAUCUCUACCAUGAACUGGAGGUUGACGGAGAUGCGCGUCGACGACGACAUCAUGAAGAACGGCGAAGCUGGCGCCGUGGAAGCUGAAAAGAAGGGAGAAGGUGACGCGAAAAAGCUCGGGGCGGACUUCAUGGCGCAGAUCCGCAUGGGCAAGAGUUUCCUGCAUGGCGUGGACAAGUCCGGUCGCCCUGUCUGUGUCGUGAGAGUCCGACUCCAUAAGCAGGGUGAGCAAUGCGAGGAGAGCCUCGAGAGAUACACCGUGUACAUCAUUGAAACGGCGCGGAUGCUUCUUUCAUCUCCAAUCGACACUGCUACAAUCAUAUUCGAUAUGACGGGUUUCUCAAUGGCCAAUAUGGAUUACACACCCGUGAAGUUCAUGAUCAAGUGCUUUGAAGCAAAUUACCCCGAGUCACUGGGCGCCGUCCUUGUGCACAAGGCUCCUUGGGUCUUCCAAGGGAUCUGGAAAAUCAUCAGGGGAUGGCUUGACCCUGUUGUUGCCAGCAAAGUGCAGUUCACCAACAACAUGAGGGAAAUGGAACAGUUCAUUGAGCCGAGUCGCAUCAUCACAGAACUUGAUGGCCCGGAGGUCUGGAAAUACCAAUACGUUGAACCGAUCGAUGGUGAGAACGACAAAAUGAAAGAUACCGCCGAGCGAGACAGGCUUCUGGAGGCCCGCGAGUUGCUUGUUUCCGAGUUUGAGGAGGCAACACUACAGUGGAUUAGGACGGAUGAGAAAACUGACAGAGCCGGCAUACAGGGGCAGAGAAACGGUCUUGCUCGGAAAUUGAGGGAGGACUACUGGCGCCUGGAUCCAUAUGUUCGGGCCCGCUCGCUCUAUGAUCGUACAGGUGUGAUACAACCUGGUGGGAAGAUCGACUUCUACCCCAAGGCGCCCUCGUCUGCGCCUGCCGCUGAAGGCACACGUCAAGUGGUGGACACGUCAGCCGAUGAUGUGGAUUAG